AUGAUAUGUUUGCAGGGCACGACCAUCCGUCCCCUUGUGAACUUUUUGAAAAUCGAGACAAAGGAUGAUCGGCCUCCAACGAUGGCAGAGAUAAUAUACAACAAAUACCUCGACUAUGCGAUGUCUGGUGUGGAAGACAUAGCGGGGCAAAAGGGACACUAUACCUUGCGAGACAACUUCGAGCAAUUCAAUGCGAAAUUCUUGCAACCAAUUCUCGUGAGAAACGAGAAGAGAAGGAAUUUCGACGCCUCAAGCAUCGUCCGUGCCUACCAGAAAAUAACAUUGGAGGAUGCCAUGAACCUCACAAAACUGCAAGAAGCUGCUGAACAAAGGAGAAGAAUUUCCCGAAUGUAA